UUGUGUUGAUGUUGUCUAGCUCGGCCCAGUUCGGUACAGUUUACGCAGCAGCUGCAGGAGGAGGCAGGCCAACGGUAGUGAAGUGAGAGUGUGACCGCAGAGGAAAGAUGGCGGCUCCUGCUCUCUCCGGUCGGACUGGCUCGGCGGGCAGCCUCGGGAACAGCCCCACCAUAGCGGCAGGCAGGCUGCCGCACGGCGGCGUCGGGCCCGAGCUCGACUUCAGGUCGGCGGCCCGUAUGGAGGACCUGAACCGGCUCAUCCAGGAGUUCAGCAAGCACGACCAGCGGGAGUACGACGACCAGCGGGCUCUGGAGAUCCACACGGCUAAAGACUUCAUCUUCUCAAUGUUGGGAAUGGUCCAAAAGUUGGACCAAAAGCUCCCAGUAGCCAACGAGUACCUCCUCCUUUCAGGAGGUGUUCGGGAAGGUGUGGUGGACAUGGACCUGGACGAGCUCAGCGUCUAUGCCCGUGGGACAGACUACGACAUGGAUUUCACUCUACUUGUCCCCGCGCUCAAACUCCAUGACCGCAACCAGCCAGUGACCCUGGACAUGAGGCACUCUGCGCUGGGCCACUCCUGGCUCAGCCUCCGCCUCUUUGACGAGGGAACCAUCAACAAAUGGAAGGACUGCUGCACCAUUGUCGACCACAUCAACGGCACCACCAACUACUUCUUCUCCCCGACACUGGUGGCUGACUGGUUCUACCAGUCUAUCUCCUUGGUUCUGCUGGAGGUGCAGAAGAAGCCACAGAGAGGGAUGCCAAGGGUGGAGAAGGUGGAGAGGAACGGUACCAUUAUCUCUGUCAUCCUGGGCGUCGGGAGCAGUCGGAUGCUCUAUGACAUCGUCCCAGUGGUGUCGUUUAAAGGCUGGCCUGCUGUUGCUCAGAGCUGGUUGAUGGAGAACCACUUCUGGGAUGGGAAGAUCACAGAGGAGGAGGUCAUCAGUGGCUUUUACCUUGUCCCUGCCUGCUCUUUCAAAGGCCGCAAGGAGAACGAAUGGCGCCUGUCGUUUGCUCGUAGCGAGGUGCAGCUUAAGAAGUGCAUCUCUUCCAGCCUGAUGCAGGCGUACCAGGCGUGUAAGGCGAUUAUCAUCAAACUGCUGUCCCGCCCCAAAGCCAUCAGCCCCUACCACCUACGUAGCAUCAUGCUGUGGGCCUGUGACCGCCUCCCUGCCAACUACCUUGUGCAGGAUGACUUCUCCGCCCACUUCCUGCUUGGUCUUAUCGACGACCUGCAGCACUGCCUUGUCAACAAGAUGUGUCCCAACUACUUCAUCCCACAGUGCAACAUGUUGGAGCACCUGUCGGACGAGACGGCCAUGCUGCACGCUCGCAAACUCUGCUCGGUGCGCUCCGACCCGGCCGAGCACCUCCGUACCACCAUAGAGCAUGCUAAGGCCGCCAACAGGCUGACAGUGGAGCUGCAGUGGCGCGGCAGCUCCAACAACCUGCCAUCGCCACAGUCUGACGCCAGUGGGGAGAACCAGCCAGACGACCGGCUGGCCAAAAAGCUCCAGCAGCUCGUUACGGAGAAUCCAGGGAAAUCCAUCUCCGUCUUCAUCAACCCGGACGACGUCACGCGGCCGCACUUCCGCAUUGAUGACAAAUUCUUCUGAAACUGAGGAAUGUUCUCCUCCUCCUCCUCAUCCUCUCUGCGUACCUUCUUGUUACUUGGUGCCCCGCCUCCUUUGAAACUUUAUUUUUUACAUUUUUUUAAUGUUCCUCUGCCACAGAGUGAAGUGAGGUGAUCGUCUUGUCUGCCACAGUUUUUAAUUUUUAUUUUUAUAUUCCGGUCCCCUCAUCCCUCAACAUUCACUGUGUGCCCUGUGUUUCUUUCAACCUGCUCGAUGCCUUUGAAAUAGACGGCAGGUUAUUUUAGGUGGAAUUUUACCUUCGGGUGAGGUUUUUUGGCGGUUUGACAUAAUGAUCAGGGAUCAGGUCGAUGACAGGAUUGUGUUUGGAGGUAGAUUUUUAUCCCUCUGAGGAAUGUCUUGGUCCUGCUGGACGAUGAUGGUACUAAUGUCUUAGAAGCUAACUGUAAAUAUAGGAAUUGACUGAACAUGUGUGUGUGUAGACAGAAGGUGAGGUAGAAGAUCUUGUUAAUGUGUAAACUACUUUUCAUUAAACUUUGCACAGAAUGUAAAAAAAAAAGAAAAAAAAAGAAAACACCCGAUGAUGGACGUCAUAUUCGUCCUGAUUCUGAAUGAUGUAUCACAACAUAACUCGUAUGACACUUUAUUGUGAAUUCUAAAAAUGUAUAAAUGUUCUGGAAGAGCAGCAAGUACACAGUGAUACUGCAACGGUACAUCACCAGUGUAGAAAUAAAACUGAAAGCUGAAUUAAACUGAAGCUAAAACAUCUGGUUGGCAGCAUUAUUGGUCAUGUACCCUGCCCCCUGGUGGCUGGCUGCAGUACAGGUCAUAAUCCUUGCCCGUCCAUUUUAGCAGAUGGGACAUGGACCAAACUACAACUUUAAACAAAAUAAACUAAAUUAAAUUAAACAUCAAAUAAAUAUUUGGUAAUACUUAACUCACUGAUGUUUGUCUGAACUCUUGAAUGUUAUCAGUUUGUCUUAAAAUAGUUAUUGAUGAUACAAAAGCAUUCAUUACAAUUUGAUUUUCAUAAAGAGUAGUAAAAACAG